AUGGCUACUAACCAUGAGUGUCCAGUGCUAGAAGCGAGCAUGGCUGCUUUCGAUCUCUCACAGCCCGCAGCUGCUGAAGAUUCUCACCAGAGUCUAGACGUGGUUGAUCUGCUGCCCGGCCCCAUCUGGCAUAUCAUCUUCCGCCACCUGCUGCCGCCACCCACUGAUUCCGCUCAAGAGCAAAAGCAGGACGACUCUGAUGAGGAAUUGUCAUCUCGGGGAGCAGCAGACAGCAGGUUGUGUGAGCUGAUCGGUCUGCACCAACGGGCUGAUCCGUUAGAAGGAGCAGGCAGCUGUUCAUGGUUGAGCACCAGUCAACUUUCCGAGCGCGAGAAGCACAAGGAGUACGCACGACGCUUCGGCCCCUCCUGGCCUCUACUGCGCUGUGCCAUGGCCAGCAAGAGGCUCCUCCACCAUGUCAUGUCCCUCUCCGUGAGUCAUCAUCAUGUGCUUCCCCCUUUCCCCUUCCAGCCAUCUGCUUCUUUACCACCCCUCAAGCUCGAGUUUCUUUCUGCCCGAGUUAUCACAGUCAGAUUUGAGGAGCAGGAGCUGGAUGUUUGCUUCUCCCUCACGCCCUCCUUGAAGGCAUUUUUGGUCUCAGCAUUGGAGCUAAAUGUCGAGUGCAACUCCGACAACCCACUUUCUCUCGACUCUCUUACCCUGAUUGCUCGCAGACACCUUGUCGUGUCGUCGCUCCCACUAGCUUCUGCUAAGAAUGUCUAUCUGAACGGACCAACCAGCCUCGUGGAGCCCAGCGCGCCAUUGGAUGAGCUUUACAACGUCCCUUCCAUCUCUCAACGCUCGCUGACCGCCUCUCAGCUUUCAUUGACGCAGCUACUGAGCAGCAUAGCGCCAACAGUGGAGACGCUUGUUGUGAGGCAUGGCUCGCCUCUAGAGGAGGUGUGCGCGGAAUGGAGCUGCCUGCGCUGCCUUGCCAUUGGUGCAAACGGCACGGGCAUCGGGUUCAAAUUCAUGAUCACAGUGGAAGAUGAUGGGUCUCUUGAUUACUGGAUGGGGAUCUUUAGCCCAGAAGGUGGGAGCAGCAGCAGCAGCAGCGGGCAUGAAGGCAUUCGCCCUCCCGUUAUAAAUGCUCCAAAGCUGGAAUCCAUUUUCUUUGCAACCCGACAGUGGCAGCCCGAGACGCUGGCUUCUCUGCGCAGUGAUUUCUCGUCGCUGACAUUCUACUGCAUUGUUGACCGGUCGUUUUGGUGGGAGGGGAAGGGGGAGAACCGGGCGGCGGAUUCUACUUGUUUAGCUAGAGCAGCUAAUGAUGCUGGUGUUGGAGAUGCUGCCUUUGGAUAA